AUGGAGGGCCUAGUUGCGACGGAAAUAUUGCAUACUUGGAAACCCGUGCCGUCAGUCAAAUUCCCAGCCAUGGUCUCAUUCAACGCCGCGGUCCUCGCGAUCCUCGGCGGCGGCGCGGCCGCCCGUGACAUUUUUGUAUCCCCCACUGGUACGGGCUCGGGAACCCUCGAGAGCCCCUACGGGUCUAUCCAGUCCGCCGUCACCGCCGCAACCGCCGGCGAUACAAUCUACCUCCGUGGGGGCACCUACGCGCCGUCGACGAACAUUCAGGUGGCAAAGAGCGGGACCAGGACGUCUCCGAUCAGCGUCAGGCCUUAUCAGGGGGAGAAAGUCGUCAUUGAUGGAGAGAAUAUGCCGGGAACUCCCAAAGCGUUAGACGAGUCCCUGCCAAAUUCUGAGCGCGGAAUCUUUCAUAUCCAGAAUGCCAACUACUGGGCAUUCUAUGACCUAGAGCUCAAGAACGGUCCCUACGGCAUCUACGCUCGCGACGCAUCUCACAACUACUACGACGGCCUCUCGACCCACGACAACUACGAAACAGGCUUCCAGCUCGAAGGCGCCUCCGCCAACAACACGGUCACGAACCUCGACUCGUACCGCAACCGCGAUCCGCGCAAGAAUGGAGAGAGCGCCGACGGCUUCGCUUGUAAGGAGGGCUCCGGCGAGGGCAACGUCCUCCGCAACGCCCGGCUCUGGGAUAAUGUCGACGACGGCCUCGACCUCUACAUGUUUGCGUCGCCCGUCACGCUGGAGGAGAUCUAUUCUUGGUCCAACGGGUACAACCGGUGGGGCUUCAACCCCUUUGAGGGCGACGGCAACGGCUUCAAGCUGGGUAUUACGAAUAACCCGCCCGCGAACCACGUCGUGCGCAACUGCGUCGCGUUUAGUAAUUUCAAAAAGGGCUUCAUCGAUAACGGGAACCCCGGCGCGCUGACGUUUGAGCGGAACACGGCGUGGAAUAACGGGGACACGGGGUUCCUUAUGCGCAGUUCGUCUUCGGUGAUGACGGGCAACGUUGCGGCGGUCAACGUGGGCUCUGCGCAGGUGAGCCUCGUUAGUACUGUGACGGCCAAGGGCAACUCGUGGAACUCGGGGACGACGUGGUCGAAUAGCUCUUUUGUAAGCGUUGAUGUUUCGGUUUUGAAGGGCCCUAGAGGUGCGGACAAAAAGGUGCAGGGGAGCAACUUUUUGAUCCCCAAGUCUGGUCAGGCUAUUGGUGCGACUACGUUGCAGGAGGUUUGA